CAGAUAUGUUAUAAGCGCUCGCGCUGUGAAUACUCAAAUACGUCCCAAUUGGGACGUCUUGUGUUUAGUCUUCGUGUGGCCUGCGUCGUGCGCAAUCGCGUGCGUACCACACCGUUUUAAAAUGAAACCGAGUGUACAAAUUAAAAACUAAUCCUGGCAACAUUACGUCACAGUGCCACAGCCCAGCCAAAAUGGACGACGAUCGUGAUGAUGAAAGUCAUGAAAACAUCAAAAAGAGUGGUGUUUGGAAGCAUUUUGAGAUCGCAAAUGACAGGGACCGAACUGCUACAUGCAAUAUUUGUUUCAAGCUGUUGUCCUACCGGACUAGCAUCACCAAUUUGAAGAAACAUCUAGCAAGGAAGCACGGUGAUGAUGAAGAUAUGCUUUCAAAGAUCUCUGAUGAUGAAGGGGAGACCAUUGAGGAGCUGGAGACAUAUCUAGAGGACGCCGGAUCUGAAACAGAUACCAUGAAAGGGUCAGAGAUAUACAAAAAACCUUACGAAAGGUCCAAAAGUAGCGCCGUGUGGGAGCACUUCACUGUAAAAGACAAUGUCAAAAAAAUAGCUACAUGCAAGGUGUGUGACCACACGUUAUCUUACUUAAGUACGACGAGCAACCUCAAGAAACAUUGGAGCAACAAGCAUUGCGUCCAGAAAGAGAGAGUCACGCGUGUUGUUGAUGAUGAUGAAACAGAUUGUGAGAACUGGGGAACGGACACAGAAAACGUAAUACCAAAUGACAGAAGGAGGCGCAACUCAAGUGUCGCAUGGAGACACUUCACAAUCCAAGACUCUGUCAAAUGCAUAGCGAAGUGCAAUCUGUGUGCCAAGUCUUUGUCGUACUUGACCACCAGAACUAACCUGGUGAGACAUUUUAGAAACAAACAUGGCGGCCAGAAAAAGAAAGACACUCAUGAUGAUGAUGAGACGGAAUGUGAGAAUUCGGGAACUGAAACGCAAAACGUUACACACCCAAAGGACAGAAGCAAAAUAGGUGCUGUAUGGGAGCACUUCACUAUCACAGACCCUGUCAAAAAAAUUGCGAAAUGCAACGUGUGUCACAAUUCUUUUUCGUACUAUAGUACGACGGCUAACUUGAUGAAUCACUUCAGACGUUUUCAUGGCGUCCAGAAAGGGAAGGAAGAUGAUAGCAGCAGUUCCGAAAAUGAAACAGAAAACGUAACACACUUAAAUGACAGAAAGAAAACUAGACGCAGGAAAAAUUUAGUAUGGGAACAUUUCACCAUCGAAAACCCUGUCAAAAAAAUUGCAAAGUGCAACGUGUGUCACAAUUCUUUCUCGUACUUUACUACGACUGCUAACUUGAUGAACCAUACGAUAGUAGCGCAUGGCGUCCAGAAAGGGAAGGAAGAUGAUAGCAGUUCAGAAAAUGAAACAGAAAACGUUACCGACCAAAAGGACAGAAGCAAAAUAGGUGCUGUAUGGGAGCAUUUCACUAUCAUAGACCCUGUCAAAAAAAUUGCGAAGUGCAACGUGUGUAACCAGUCUUUCUCGUACUUAAGUACUACGGCUAACUUGAUGAAUCACUUCAGACGUUUUCAUGGCGUCCAGAAAGAAAAGGAUGAUGAUAGCAGCAGUUCGGAAAAUGAAACAGAAAACGUUACACACUCUAAUGACAGAAGGAAAAAAGGUGUUGUAUGGGAGCACUUCACUAUUAAAGAUUCUGUCAAAAAAAUUGCAAAGUGCAAGGUGUGUCACAAGUCGUUCUCGUACUUUAGUACGACGGCUAACCUGAUGAAUCACUUGAGACGCAUUCAUGGCGUCCAAAAAGGAAAGGAAGAUGAUAGCAGCAGUUCCGAAAAUGAAACAGAAAACGUUACGCACUCAAAGGACAGAAGCAAAAUAGGUGCUGUAUGGGAGCACUUCACUAUCGAAAACCCUGUCAAAAAAAUUGCAAAGUGCAACGUGUGUCACAAUUCUUUUUCGUACUUUAGUACGACGGCUAACUUGAUGAAUCACUUCAGACGUUUCCAUGGCGUCCAAAAAGAGAAGGAAGAUGAUAGCAGUUCCGAAAAUGAAACAGAAAACGUUACACACUCAAAGGACAGAAGGAAAAAAGGUGCUGUAUGGGAGCACUUCACUAUCGAAAACCCUGUCAAAAAAAUUGCAAAGUGCAACGUGUGUCACAAUUCUUUCUCGUACUUUACUACGACUGCUAACCUAAUGAACCAUACGAUAAGAGCGCAUGGCGUCCAGAAAGAGAAGCAAGAUGGUAGAAAUGACGAUAUGGAAUCCGAGAAAAACGAAAGUAACAAGCGGUCUCCAAUAUGGCUGUACUUCAAAUGCAUAGACAAAGUGGCCAAGAUAUCUGUCUGUCUCAUCUGCAAACGGCAGCUGUCUCACCUGACUUCUAUCACUAAUUUAAAAAAGCAUUUGUACAGGAAGCACCCGGGGGUCAAGCUGAAGGAUAUGCACGAUGGCAAGAAAAUGCUCAUAGCAAGCGACGGUCAGCUCUACGAAAUUGAAGACGAGACCAAAGUGGAGACGUUGGAAAUCGAUGAUGAUAAUAAUGAUGAUGAUGAUCAUCAGUCCGAAGAACCAAUUGAACUAAACGCGAUAUACCUAGACGACUACGAAGGCACCGUCAUAGAACCUAACCGGAAACGGAAACCGUCUACUUCGAAACGGAAACGGUUGAUAGCUGAAAACAACGAUAGCUCAGAAGGCGAGCUCACGUACCAGAAGCAAUACACCAAGAAAACCAGCGAUAGCUUGGACCAAUUUGGGAAAUACCUCGUGUCGUUAUUACGACAGCUACCCAAAGAAUUGUCGAAUCAACUCCAAGCUGAUUUUGUGAAGCAAGUGAUGACGUCACAGCUGACGUACCAAUCGCAGAACGUUGUCGUUGCGCCGAGCAACGGUUAUUCUAUAACGAUAACGGAAGCGGUACCGAAAGGAAAUAACGAUGCGUAUAUUUCUACGGAGGGAAACGAUGUUAGCCAAAGUCAAUAAUGUAACAAGGCUUAACCAUUAACCACCUACCAGGAGUCUCUCAGACUCCGCUGAAUUUUAUUUUUAUUUUAUUCAAUAAGUACACAUACAGGUUACAGUCAUUUACAUAUCAAAAUACAUGACAAAAUGAACAGUGUCUAGACUCCAACCUACAUGUAGCGUAGGUAUAUUUAAGUUACGAUGAUUUCAUUUACCUUGCACAAUUAAUAAACACAUACAAAAUGCUCAAAAGACACAACCCUAUAAACUGUGUUAAAAAAAAGAAAAAAGUUAUCAAUUAUUUUUUGUAUUAUUAUCAAUAUUUAUAUUUAUUUUUUUUUGUAUUAUUAUCAAUUUUUUUCUUGUCGUCACUAGUCGCAUGCGCUGGAAGAGAUUUAGGCUUUAUAUGACUUUCUUAGAUUAUGUACUCUUUAUUUUUAAAUAAAACACUAAAAAUUAAAUUUUCAACUUAAUCUACCUUUUGACAACUUUAUAGUCUUAAGAAGAGAGGAGUCUGAGAGACUCCAAGUAAGUGGUUAAGGUUUAACAUGUUGAAAAUUUUGUAUUGAUUUUCGACUUUAUUGGAAGUGAAAAAGGUUUAAAUUAUGGUGGCUAUUAUACGCCAGUGAUAACGCCAUAAAGCGUUUGGUUUUUACAAUUUUCUGCGCAAUAAAGUGAAUAUUUUUAAUAAUAAUUAUGUUGUUGUUUUAUUUUAAAAAAUGCUAUCAGUAAACGAAAAUCCAAGUAAUUAUAAUUUGAUUUGAUUUCAUAAAAAAAAAACCACCAAUAGCAGUGAUAUUUAUUGGGAACUACUUGUACUUAGUAGUUGGAUGAUUAGUAUGAAGUCCGGUCGCCGAGUAGAUAGAAUUUCGUGCAAUGACCCCAAGCUACCCAUCCUUUUUGCUCGCGUGUAAUUAUUUGUAUUAAUGUCGCGACUGACGGGCGGCCGCGCAGUGAGUGUGGUCACUGUACGUAAUUCUAUCUGCUCGGCGACCGGACUUUACAUUUCAAUAUUAUAAAAUUAUUUGUGAGUUUUGUGAUGGAUGAUGUUUCCAAAACUGCUGGACGGAUUUUGAUGAAUCGGUAAUGAAUGAAGACGCGAGCAGUUACGGACCUGGCUUUAGUUCAAUCUAGCUGAAAAUGACCUCAAGCGAUAACUGUUACCGUACUGGUACCGUUAUAAUUUUAUUAGCACAGAUGAAAACCUUAAAAAGUUAGCAAAGAGUAUAAUUUUCUAUUUACUUUGCCUAUAAAUGUGUUUCUCCUAAAGUAUCUAAAGUUCGGUCGCCGAGCAGAUAGAAUUUCGUACAAUGACCCCAAGCUACCCAUCCUUAUCGCUCGCGC